AUGGCGGAUUCAGAGAAACCCUCCCGUGCAGGGUCGGAUAUCCAAUAUGACACAGAAAGCGCCAUGACGAUCGCCGGCUCGGACACCCCAACAAAAGAGGCCUCUGAUACUAAAGGCCACAGCUGGGGCAUGCUCUCUCAACUUCAGGAAGAAAAUGCCCGGAACCUGGCUUCUGGGUUCAAGCAACAGACACUUGGUGUCACAUGGAAAGAUCUCUCUGUGCAGGUUGCCAGUGCCGAAGCUGCGGUCAAUGAGACGGUCCUAUCGCAGUUCAAUAUCCCUCAGAAGAUCAAGGAUAGCCGCAGAAAACCUCCUCUGCGCACCAUUCUUCGAGAGAGCCAUGGCAAUGUCCGACCCGGAGAAAUGCUCCUCGUUCUUGGUCGCCCAGGAUCUGGCUGUUCGACCCUAUUGAAAAUGCUCACCAACAAGCGCGCCGGAUACAAGAAUGUGGAAGGAGACGUCCGUUUUGGCUCUAUGGAUUCCAAAGAGGCCGAACACUAUCGCGGUCAGAUUGUUCUCAAUAGCGAGGAGGAGAUCUUCUUCCCCACACUGACCGUCGGUCAAACCAUGGACUUUGCAACCCGCCUCAAGGUCCCCUUCCACUUACCCGAUGGUAUGACUGCCUCCGAGUAUCAGCAGGCAUCGAAGAAGUUCCUUCUGGAAUCAGUCGGAAUCUCUCACACCGAGGACACCAAGGUUGGAAACGAAUACGUGCGCGGCGUGUCAGGAGGAGAGCGCAAGCGUGUUUCAAUCAUUGAAUGCAUGGCCACACGAGGAUCCGUGUUCUGCUGGGACCAGUCGACUCGUGGUCUCGAUGCUUCUACUGCCCUCGAAUGGGCCAAGGCUAUCCGAGCUAUGACCGACGUUCUCGGCCUCACAACAAUCGUCACUCUUUAUCAGGCCGGUAACGGUAUUUUUGAGUUGUUCGACAAAGUGCUGGUUCUCGAUGAAGGCGAGCAAAUUUACUACGGUCCCAGAGAACAGGCCCGCCCAUUCAUGGAGGACACCGGAUUCAUCUGCCGUGAGGGCUCCAACGUCGCCGACUACCUAACCGGUGUGACAGUCCCGACGGAACGACGGAUUCGCGACGGCUAUGAGAACCGCUUCCCUCGCAACGCAGAAGCUCUCCGUAUCGAGUAUGAAAAGUCACCUCUUUAUGCUCAGAUGACAGCCGAGUACUCCUAUCCCGACUCUGAUCUCGCCCGUGAACGCACCAAGGAAUUCAAGGAGGGUGUCGCUUUCGAGACAUCGAAGAAGCUUCCUAAGAACAGCCCCUUCACUGUCGGCUUCGUUGAUCAGGUCAAAAUUUGUGUUCAGCGUCAAUACCAAAUCAUUUGGGGUGACAAGGCAACUUUCAUCAUCAAGCAGGUGGCGACUUUGGCUCAGGCAUUGAUUGCGGGAUCCUUGUUCUACAAUGCGCCUGAUAACUCUGGCGGUCUCUUCGUCAAAUCCGGUGCACUCUUCUUUUCCCUUUUGUACAACAGUCUGCUCGCAAUGAGUGAGGUCACUGAGUCAUUCUCUGGAAGACCAGUCCUUAUCAAGCACAAAAGUUUCGCCUAUUUCCACCCCGCCGCAUUUUGCAUAGCCCAGAUUGCUGCCGAUAUCCCUGUUCUACUCUUCCAGAUCUCCAUGUUUGGUUUGGUUGUCUACUUUAUGGUUGGACUUACUAUGUCAGCCGGUGCCUUCUUCACUUACUGGAUUAUCGUUUUUACCACGACAAUGGCUAUGACUGCACUCUUCCGUGCUGUCGGUGCUGUCUUUAAAACCUUUGAUGGUGCUUCCAAGGUCUCUGGUCUGUUGAUCAUGUGUACAGUUCUUUACACUGGAUACAUGAUCCAAAAGCCGAAAAUGCACCCAUGGCUUGGUUGGAUCUUCUGGAUCGACCCCCUGGCUUAUGGAUUUGAGGCUUUGCUAGCCACCGAGUUCCAUGGAAAAACCAUUCCAUGCGUGGGUACCAACCUCAUUCCCACCGGCCCCGGAUAUGAAAAUGCCCAAGACCACCAAUCUUGUGCCGGAGUUGGCGGUGCCAUUCAGGGUCAGAACUUUGUGCUUGGUGACAACUACCUCUCGUCUCUCUCGUAUAGUCACUCCCACGUCUGGCGCAACUUUGGUAUUAACUGGGCCUGGUGGGCACUGUUUGUUUUCCUUACUAUCCUUGCGACCUCGAGGUGGAAGUCUGCAUCCGAGUCCGGCAACACACUGGUCAUUCCCCGCGAAUACCUUCACAAGCAUCUCCAAAAUCAGAAGAAGGACGAAGAGAGCCAGGCUCCUACCAAGGCUCUCUCUGAGGGCAGUGACGAGCCCGCCAACAUUGACAACCAACUCGUGAGAAACACCUCGGUCUUCACCUGGAAAAACCUUUCCUACACUGUCAAGACACCAUCCGGCGACCGACUCCUUCUCGAUAACAUCCACGGAUGGGUGAAGCCUGGUAUGCUCGGUGCUCUUAUGGGAUCCUCCGGUGCGGGUAAGACGACUCUCCUAGAUGUUCUUGCUCAGCGUAAGACUGAAGGUACUAUCCACGGUUCUAUCAUGGUCGACGGUCGCCCACUGCCUGUCUCCUUCCAACGAUCCGCCGGUUAUGUUGAGCAACUCGACAUUCACGAGCGUAUGGCCACUGUCCGGGAGGCACUGGAAUUCUCCGCCCUACUUCGUCAACCCGCCGACGUUCCACGUGCCGAGAAGUUGGCCUACGUGGAUGUUAUCAUCAACCUGCUCGAACUUCAUGAUUUGGCCGAUACCAUGAUUGGUAGCGUCGGAGCUGGUCUAUCGGUUGAACAGAGAAAGCGCGUCACUAUUGGUGUCGAACUUGUCUCCAAGCCUAGCAUUCUGAUCUUCUUGGAUGAGCCUACUAGUGGUCUUGACGGCCAGAGUGCUUACAAUACCGUCCGCUUCUUGAGAAAAUUGGCGGAUGUCGGACAAGCUGUUUUGGUCACUGUGCACCAGCCUUCUGCUCAACUCUUUGCUGAAUUCGAUCAACUUCUCCUUCUCGCUAAGGGAGGUAAGACCGUUUACUUCGGUGAGAUUGGAGAAGAUGCCAAGACUUUGAAAGGCUACUUUUCACGCUAUGGCGCACCAUGCCCUCCUGAAACUAACCCUGCCGAGCAUAUGAUCGAUGUUGUUUCUGGUCAGUUGAGCCAAGGCCGAGACUGGAACAACGUCUGGCUCGAAUCACCGGAGCACACUGCAAUGCUCAAGGAGCUUGACUCGAUCAUUGAGAUUGCUGCGUCUAGCCCUGCUGGAACUAAUGAUGACGGUCGCGAAUUUGCCACUUCUCUCUGGGAGCAAAUGGGUCUCGUCCUCAAGCGUACCUCCACCGCCCUUUUCAGAAACAGUGACUAUAUCAAUAACAAGUUCGCACUUCACAUUUCUUCCGGCUUGUUUGUCGGUUUCAGUUUCUGGAUGAUUGGUGACUCUGUCGGUGACAUGCAACUCACAUUGUUCUUCAUUUUCAAUGCCAUCUUCGUCGCCCCUGGUGUGAUCAACCAGUUGCAACCAACCUUCCUCGAACGCCGAGACUUAUUCGAAGCACGCGAAAAGAAGGCUAAAAUGUACUCAUGGAAGGCUUUCGUAUUCGCUUUGGUUGUCUCUGAGAUCCCAUAUUUGAUUAUCUGUGGUGUCCUCUUCUUUGUCUGCUGGUACUGGACCGGUGGUCUGGUCACAGAGGCCAGUAAGAGUGGAUCCAUGUUCAUGGUCUUCCUCCUGUAUGAGUUCUUGUACACAGGAAUCGGUCAAUUUGUUGCUGCGUACGCCCCUAACGCCAACCUGGCUGCCAUGAUCAAUCCUCUCGUCCUGGGUACUCUGAUUUCCUUCUGCGGUGUCCUCGUUCCUUACGCCCAAAUCCAAGCAUUCUGGAGAUACUGGAUGUAUUACCUGAACCCUUUCAACUACCUGAUGGGAAGUAUGCUGGUCUUCGGCCUCUUCGACAAAAAGGUGCAGUGCAAAGAAGAAGAAUACGCACUCUUUACUGCACCAAACGGAACAACCUGUGGUGAAUAUCUCGCCGAUUACAUGCAAACCAUUGGAGCUCGCAUGAACCUCUUGGACCCUGACGCCACUGAAUGCCGGGUGUGUCAAUACACCCGGGGAUCCGAUUACCUCCAAACAGUAAACCUGCUUGAUUAUUACUAUGGCUGGCGGGAUACUGCUCUCGUCGGUCUCUUCGUGAUCAGCUCUUAUGCUCUUGUCUUCGGUCUGAUGAAACUCAGAACCAAGGCCUCGAAGAAGGCUGAUUGA